AUGGUUCAGGUUCCCAAGAUCAAGCUCAACAACGGCCAGGAGAUCCCUCAAGUCGGAUUCGGUCUCUGGAAGGUCACCGAAAACACCGCUGAUGUCGUCUACAACGCCAUCAAGGCUGGUUACCGACUCUUCGACGGUGCCUUCGAUUACGGCAACGAGAAGGAGGCUGGCCAGGGUAUCAAGCGUGCCAUCGAUGAGGGCAUCGUCAAGCGUGAGGACUUGACCAUCGUCUCCAAGCUCUGGAACACCUUCCACGAGAAGGAGCGCGUCGAGCCCAUCACCCGCCAGCAGCUCGAAUGGUGGGGAAUUGACUACUUCGACAUCUUCUACAUCCACUUCCCCGUCGCCCUCGAGUACGUCGACCCCAAGGACAGCUACCCCUCCGGCUGGACCAACCUUGAGGGUAAGGUCGUCGAGAGCAAGGCCUCCAUCCAGGAGACCUGGCAGGCCAUGGAGAGGCUCGUUGACCUCGGCUUGGCCAAGAGCAUCGGUAUCUCCAACUUCCAGGGUGCUUUGAUCAUCGAUCUCCUCCGAUAUGCUCGCAUCCGCCCCGCCAUCCUCCAAGUCGAGAUCCACCCCUACCUCACCCAAAACGCCCUCCUCGACUUUGCCAAGUCCCAGAACAUUGCCGUCACCGCCUACUCUUCCUUCGGUCCCCAAUCCUUCGUCGAGCUCGACUGGGACAAGGCCAAGGAUACCCCUCCCCUCUUCGAGCACCAGGUCAUCACCACCAUCGCCUCCAAGCACAACAAGACCCCCGCCCAGGUCCUCCUCCGAUGGGCCACCCAGCGCGGCUUGGCUGUCAUCCCCAAGUCCAACUCUCCUCAGCGCUUGAAGGAGAACUUGGAGCACACCAACUUUGACCUUACUGAGGAGGAGAUCAAGCAGAUCACCAGCCUCAACAAGGACCUCCGCUUCAACAACCCUCCCGACUACCUCGGCACCCUCUACAUCUUCGCUUAA